AUGGAUAUUUUUAUCAAAAUUUCACAGAACAAUAAGGCUUUCUGUGGCUUCCCUGAAAAAGUCACACUGCCCCUGAAAAUCACUAUCAUAGACAAAUACAAGUGCACCUGUCUAAAUAGGGAGCACAGGAAGUGCUCAGUCCAAAUGUUUAGGCAAAUUGGAGCAGGCACCGAUGAGAACUGCCUCAUUGACAUAUUAGCUUCGAGAACCAAUGGAGAAAUUUUCCAGAUGCGGGAAGCCUACAGUUUGCAAUACAACAACAACCUCCAAGAGGACAUUCAGUCAGAGACCUCGGGACACUUCAGAGACACCCUCAUGAACCUGGUCCAGGCAACCAGACAGGAGGGCUACACGGACCCCGCCAUGGCCGCCCAGGACGCAAUGGUGCUGUGGGAGGCCUGCCAGCAGAAGACCGGGGCGCACAAAACCAUGCUCCAGAUGAUCCUGUGCAACAAGAGCUACCAGCAGCUGUGGCUGGUUUUCCAGGAAUUUCAAAAUAUCUCUGGGCAAGACAUAGUAGAUGCCAUCAAUGAUUGUUACGACGGAUACUUCCAGCAGCUGCUGGUUGCCAUUGUGCUCUGUGUUCGAGAUAAACCAGCCUACUUUGCUUAUCGACUGCACAGUGCCAUCCAUGACUUUGGUUUCCAUAAUAAAACCGUGAUCCGGAUCCUCAUUGCUAGAAGUGAAAUAGACUUGAUGACCAUAAGAACACGGUACAAAGAGAGAUAUGGGAAAUCCCUGUUUCAUGAUAUCAGACACUUUGCUUCAGGGCACUAUAAGAAGGCACUGCUGGCCAUCUGUGCUGGUGACAUGGAGGACUGCUGACACAGAGGGGAGGAUGGGGAGCGCCGGGCACUCUUCACAGACACAUCAGAGCACAGAGUGUGACACAUGCGUUGUCACUCACACCACCACCAAACUACAAGAUCAAAUUUUCUCUUCUGUCUGUAAAAUUAUUCCAAAAUCUAUGAAUGAAAAUCUAUGAUCAAGGAUUUGCACCUGUUAUUUGAUCAUCAAAGAAUUAAUUUGUAUAUGAUGGAAUAAUAACAAUAUUGC